AUUACAAUACUAUAAAUUUGAAAAUUAAUAGUACCUAUAAUACUCAAAAUACCGUAAAACUUUUAAGUAAUUUAAUAUUAUUACUGUCUUUUUAUCCUCUGUAAGAUGGAAAGCCCUUCUAAAGAAGAAGUGAACCUUGCUGAUGCAAAGACUGUACAGAACCUAGCUAAAGGAAUAAUGGAACUGUACGAGCCUCCCCUAGCGACCAUCAACACGCACUUGAAAGAGUUAACAGAAAGGCAAGAGUCAGUCCAUGCUAUAAUCACAUCCGAGAGGAGGAAACUUGAGGAUUUACAGAAUGAUGCUACUUUAGAUGCCUUGCUAGCGGAUAUAGCUACAAAUAGAGAGAAGCUGUCCUCCAUAUCUAAUUCAAUGAUGAGCUUACACAAGAGGGUGCAAUCCUUACAGACAAGGGCAGGAAAUGUAGCAAAAGCAGCCAAACAAAAGGCUGAGAGCCAGAAAAAAACCUCCCAGCCACCUAGCAGUUAGUAUUUACUAUAAGCUUCUCUCUUUGCAUGACUUUUACUUGAAGAUAUGACAUUCCCAAAUAUAAGGUGUUCUAAUAAAGGCAUUGUAAGCCGAAAGGUACACAAUAAUAAUACAUUUACAAUGUUACAUUUAUAAUUUUACAAUAUGUGAAAUUACUUCUGAUACCUAUCUAAAUAUUUAGGAAAGAGGUAGAACAAAGAGCUUGUUUCCUACAGUGGCUGGUUGAAGAAUAGUGAUUUCGACCAGAGGAGUGCCUUUUUAGUGCUGUAAUUUACUAUGUUUUAAAAAAACUUCAUACUUACCCUUUUUAUGCAUACAUGUGCAAUGAAUUUGUAGAAUAAUGCCAUCUAUCGACAAAAAUUGUUUUUAAAUGAAAAACACAAGUUAAAAAUAUAAGUUUAUUUCCUUAAUUAGAUAAGUAGUUUAGUAAGUACAUUGUAAGUAAAAUAAAUAUAUGCUAUAGUUAAAAUUUACCUAAUGUUGAGUUUGGCGAAUUUUAAAUUUUAUUAAAAAGUCUGCUACCUCUGGCACUAGCUGUUUUCAAAAAAGUGCAAUAUUUAUAAAUUUUUAUUUGAGUUCCAAAUUUGAAAGGUUUCAUGUAUAUCCGAAAUGUAACAUUAAUAUAAGUACCUACUUAUUGAUAAAAACUGCAUUGAUCUAAUAAUUUACUGCAUUUAUCGGUAAACUUAACGAAGUGUGAGUCAAAGAAAUAAAAGGCUUAAUAUUGAGACAUGAAAUACGGUCAGCUUUCUUACUAGCUACAUCAUUAUAAGUAUACUUUUGUACCUUGUUGAAAUGAGUAGGCGAUUUGUUGCAAAAUGUAAUUGUAUAAAAAUAAAUAAUAUAGCUUCUUCAGAAGCUGACUGUAUGUAUGUAAUAUACCAUACAAGUACUUAUUAAUUUUACCAACAUUCUUCUGUUAUAAGAUCGAGUAAGUACUUGUAUUAAAUCUACAAUCACUUGUAGUUAAUAAUUAACUAUGAACCUAAGACUAGUUGUAGACAAAACAUUUAAGUAAUAAAAUUAUUUUACUUUGUUAUUCAAA